UCUCUGUGUUUCCCCCACCUCCGGCCCAGGGCCGGCCUGCGCCGACGGCUCUCCCGUCGGCCCGGACGACAUCGACGAAGACUUCUGCUCCGACUCCGACGACGAGGUGGAGGAUGACGAGGUGGAGGAUGACGAGGUGGAGGAUGACGAGGUCUCCGUGACGACGCACUCACACGGUGGGGGCGUGUCCAUCACCACUGCUCCCGACAGCUCAUUGGCUGUACGGCCAGGGGGCGGAGUCAAAUCUCUCCUGGAAAUGCUGGACGAAUGCGAGCGGGCUGGCAGCGACGAGGUGCCAGCGGCCCCCCUCAUCGCCCCCGAAGAGGUGCUCGAGUUCGAGGCCGCUCACCGCCCCUUCAUGGACAACCGCCAGCUCUAUCGCCAGCGCCUGAGAGAGCGCUUCCAGCGCUACUGCCGCCACGCCGCGGCCUGCCCCCAGCGUGGAGGAGGUGGAGGAGGUGGAGGAGGAGGUGGAGGAGGAGGUGGAGGAGGAGGUGGAGGAGGAGGUGGUGGAGGAGGAGGGGGUGGAGGAGGGGGUGGAGCGCUCGCAACGUCCACGGCUCUGUGAACGCGCGCAUUGCGUGUGUGUGUGUGUGUACGUGUGUGUGUGUACAUGUGUGUGUACGUGUGUGUGGCGUGUGUGUGUGUG